AUGAAACUAUGGAUUGAAAUUAUAUUGGAAUGGAUUAGUGCAUGGAAAGGUAUUGUAAAAGUCUUAAGUACAGAGAAUAUUAUUACCAAAUUCUUAGAAGAUGAAUAUCCCAAAUAUAAAUAUAAUCAUAAAAAUUUGGAUGAAAUGGAACAUACUUAUACUACAUCUUUAUUUUUAUUGCAUGCAUCUCAAAAACCGUUAUUUCAUCAACCAAUGUGUAUUAAAUUACAACAUGAAACACAACUUCAAAUUAAAGCAUUUCUUGAAAUGAUUAUUCCAUAUGGAAAAAACAUAAACAGAGAAACAUUACAAGAAAUAAUUAUUGAAUUACAGAAUGAUGCACCAAAAACACCUAUAACACCAAAAACAAAAACACUUAAGGAUUUUUUUAAUUCUCCUGCAGUACAAUCUGCUCAAAAACAUAAAGUAUUGAAUAAUACAUAUGGAGAAUUAAGAAAGUUGAGAACAGAACUGGAAGUUGAAAAAUUUGAAAAAGCUGAUUUGCAAGAAGAUUUACUUAUCCAACAGAACAAAGUACAAAGUUUACAGAAAAAAUUACUUCAGCAAGCUGCAGAAAUAAAAGCUUUGCAACAAGAAAAAAUUAAACCAAACACUCCACAAUCUUGCAAAAAAAAUAAAGAUAUAACAGAUUCUGAACAAUAUAAAAAAGAAAUCGAUCGUUUGGAAGAUGAAUUAAUGCAGAAACAAUAUGAAAUAGAUAAACAUGAAGAAAAUAACGAUAUUCUGGUAAAAGAAAUUACAUGUAUGAAAAAGCGAUGUAUAUAUUUUAGAGAAAAAUUGGAAAGUUGUGAGAAGUCUUUGGAAUGCAUGCAAAUCCAAGGAGAAAUUAAGGAUAGAGAACUGAUUAAUUUAAGAAUGACUAAUGAAGAAUUACAUAUUCAUUUAAAAGAAGUCAAUAAAACAGUAGUUGGAGAUCAAAGUUUUGAAAUUGAUGGUAUAGCACCCUUAAAUUCAUCUUUAUCUUUCAAUAGUAGUGAAGUUUUAAGUUCUGUAGUUGAAAUUCAAUUAAAAGAGGCAAAGGAAGAGUCUGAUUUGUUGAAAAUUCAACUUGAUGCAUUAAAUAAGAAAUUAGAAUCUACAAAUGAAGAACAUAAAAAUAUGAUACAGUUGUUAAAGGAAAAAACACAAACAAUAGAAUACACAGAAGUCAAAUUAAAUGUGACUUUAAACAAGUUGAGUAAGAAAGUUGAAUCCUUACAAGAGGAAAACAGGUCUUUAAUGGAUAAAAAUAAAAACUUGGAAGAGUUAGACAUCUCUAACAAGAAAUCUUUGUCACAUGCUGAAAAGUUAAACAAUGUUUUAAGUACUGAUAUAAGUACUUUGAAAGAAAGAAUUAAAGACUUACAAGAAUCUUUACAUGAUGAAAAUGUAAAUAGUGCUAAAUUAAAUAUUGAACUUGAAAAAAUCAACUCACAGGUACAUGAAAAUCUUACAUACAUUCAAGAAUUAACAGACCAAAAUAAUUUAUAUAAAACUUCUAUUGAUAUGUAUAAUACAAAUUUAAAAGACAUUUUUCAUCAUUCAGAGAUUAAUUAUAUUGAAGAUAAUUUAGAUAGUGAAACAACUAUUCAACUUAUACAACAUCUUAAAAUAAUAUUAUGUGAUUUGGACAAGAAAUAUAUUUCAAAGCAAAUGGAAUUUGAAUCACUGAAUAAUGUAAUGAAACAAGUAAAUUUGGAAAUAGAAGAUUUACAAAUAAAAGUAUCAAAAUUGACAAAAAAGGAUGAACAAAGUACUAUGGAUAUAUUAAAAUUGAAGGAAAUUAUUGUACAAAAUGGAACAAAAAUUACUGAGCUUACUACUAGGACAGAGCAAUAUUCAGAGGAAAUUUCAUAUUUAAAAGAAGUUGAACUUCAAAAGUUAACUUUAGAAAAAGAUUUGAACGUGCUUAAAGAAAAAGUAAAUAAAAAUUUACAACUACAAGCUUCUGGAAAAUGUGUACAAGAUUUAAGGAAGCAGAUUCAAACGUUUACCACAGAAUUUUAUUUGAUUAAGAAAGAUAUAUUAAAUCAGAUAAAUGAAUACCAAAAACACAGUGAAGAUAGUAGUAAAAGUAUUUUCAGUGCUUAUAAAAUGCUGUAUGCUGCUUAUACUGAAGAACAACUUUACAGAAAUCAGCUGGAAGAUAAACUUACUAAUAAUAAAAAGGAUUUGAAAGAUAGUCAAAAUUUAAACAUUACUUUAGAAAAUGAUAUAAUAAAAAAUAAACAAAUGAUAAAUAAUUUACAGCGAGAAUUAAUGAGUACUAACGAAAAAUUAACAGAAUCUGUACAAAACUUGGAAAAAUUUGAAGAAGCAAAAGAUGCAUUGGAAAAGCAAUAUAAAGAUCUUAAAUAUGAAAAUGCAAAAAUUCUACUUGAUUUGAAUAAUAUAAAUGAUAAAUGUAAAGAAUCUCAACAAGAAGUAUGUAAUAUGUCACAUUCAUUAAAAUUUAAAGAUGAGAAAAUUGGAAAUCUAAUUGCAGAAAUUACAUCCUUAAAAUUAGAAAAAGAACACAUAAUCCAUUUACAAAAAGGAGGAGAAUCUAAAACGAAAAAUUUUAUAAAGGAAUUGGAAACAAAAUUACUAGACAAACAAUGUCAAUUAGAUCAACUAAGUAUAAAAAUUAAAUUAUCAAAUGAAACAUUGAAACUUGUGCAGGAUAAAUUUGAAAAAUUAUCAAAAGAAACAAUUGCUUCUGAAAUGAAAUUAAAAGAAGUAAUUAAGAAUCUACAGGAAGUAAGAACUAAUCAAGAUGCAGUUUUAACAACACAAGAGAGAGCUAUAAAGAAAAAAUGUUUACAGUUAAACCAAUUAGAAAAAAAAUUUAAUGACUCUAAAAAAGCCCUAUGUAAACAAUUGAAGAAUGAGAAAUUGUGUCAAAGUCUUCAAAACACAAAUUCGAAGUUACAAAUACAAUCAUAUGAACAAAGAAAAACAAUAGAGGAAUUGCAAGAAAUGUUGAAGGAAGAAAGAAAUGAACUUGUUAAAACUAAGGAAUACUCUAAAUCUAAAGAUAUAAAAAAAUCAGAAAUUGUACAAAUUUGUGAAAAAUUGGAAUACUCGCUAAAUGAUUUAAAAGCAACAAUUACGAAAGUAAGUCCAAAGGAUGAAAAUUUGUAUGCUGAUAUUAAAUAUGAUAUACCAUGUAUAAAUAACGAUGAUAAAAUUGAAAAUAUUUUAAAAAUUGUAAGGACAUCAAUUAAUGAAAUCCACGCAUCGCGCAAGUUAAUUUUGUAUCUGUUUACCGUAAAUACAAACUUAAAUGAAACCCUGCAACAGAAUGAAAAAAUAAGUAUAGAUAAUUAUGUCACAAAAUGUGAAGAAAUUAAACUAUUAAAAACUAAGAUGCAAGAACUGAAUAAUUUGGAGGAAACACACAUAAAAUAUGUAAAUAGUCUUAUAAAGCAUAAAGAAUCAUUGAAAGAUUGUUUGCAGAAUAUUAUAAAAUCAAGGGGAGAUUUGGAUACAUCUUUAAGUGAAUUGAAUCAAAAAUGGGAUAAGUUGUUAGCAAAGUCUGAUGGUAUUUUUAUGACAGAUAAAUGUAUAUGUGAAGAGUUAAAGCAUGCACAAGUUAAAAAAACACAUCUGGAAAAUACCUUACUCAAACAUUAUAUUUGUCACUUCCAAAAUAUAAAACCUAUGCAAAAUAUCUUAUGGGAACAAUUUUUAUGGUCUGAACAAAAAUUAAAAGAUAAUUGUUCAAAAAUAACAAAGAAUGAACAAGUAUUGCAUAUUUCUUCAGAUACUUUUUCAAAUGAGAAGACAAUAAUUGCAGCAGAAUUACAUAAAAAUACAAUGUUACAAAAAGAUAUUAUUCAACUUCAAAAUGAAAUGGACGAUUUUUCGAAUUUAGUUACUUCUUUUGAAAUUAAUUGUAAAUCAAAUAAAAUGAUACUUCAAUCUGAAUCAAAAAAAACAUUACAGUUAAACAUCAAUGAAUUAACAGAAAAUAAAAAUGAUUUAGAAAGUAAAUUAAACUGUGCAUGUAUAAAAAAUAAAAAACUAGAAGAUAAUAUUAGUGAGCUUAAGAUUAAGAUACAAGAAAUAAAAGAAACAUCACUGAAAGAAGUAGAAGAUUUAAAAAAAGUAUUAAUUCAAUUAAAAGAAGAAAACUUAAAGCUACAAGAAGAAAGGAAUGAAUUAAGCAAGCGACCAAAGAAAGAAGACGUCGAUAAUCAAUUGAAAGAUAUUAAUGAUAAAUAUAAGCUUAAGUUAGAUGAAGUUAAACAAAAUAUGAAAACAGCAUAUAAUGAGCAAAUAGCAAAACAAAACAGAGAACAAGAACAACGCAUACAGGAAAACUUGGAGUCGUUACAAAGAAAAAUGGAACUGCAGUGCCGGAAACAAGCAGAUGAAUUAAGUAAAUACAAGGCACAUGUUGCUAGUAUGAGUUCACAAUUUUGGAAUGUUGGAGAGAAACUGUUAAGUGAACAACAAGAAAAGGAAAAAUUACAAAAGGAAUUAAAUGAACUGAAAGCUAAAUAUAAAAAUGUAGAUCAAAAAAUAUCUUCAAUAGAACAUAAAAGUUCAAAGUAUGAAAAAAGAGAUUUAUUAGGAGAAAUUAAAGAAGAAAUUUUUCAUAAAAUUGCAGUAACACAAGAGGAAACAACAUAUGAAAGAAGAUGUAGUAUUAGGAGCAUACAAACAAUGGGUAAUGCAUUUAAUGCAGAGGAUACAGGUUCAGUGUCAGAUGACAUAUUUAAUGACAGUUUAAGUCAAAGCUUACUUCCUGAACAGAAAGCCAAGAAAAAAGACAGAACUCAGACAUCAUACAAAAAACCUGGUCCACCAACACCUAGUAAAAAUGGAGGAAGAUUAUCAUCACAAGGAAGUGAACUAAGAAGUCCAAAUUCAAGAAUAUUAAAAGAAAGAAAUAAAGAUAGAACAUCAGCUACACCACGCACAUUAAAAAGUUUGUUUAUGUCAAAACGUCAAGACGAAAGCGUUGUUGUUACACCAAGAGGUCGUAAAAGAAGCAGUAUUUUCCGUAAACAUCGUGGUACGAAUGAUAGAUGA